UCUCCCAGCCUCAUUUAGUCAUCCCAGAAUAGACUCUCACCGGAGCGCUCUCUAAAUAUUAGUGGAAGCUUUUUGGAUUUCGGUGUGACUUGGGAGUCGCUGGAGAUGGAUUAAAGGGACGGUGCACCGCAAAACUGGAGCAGCACGCAAGACCACGCCGGGGGGGAAGGGGGCGACGGGACUCGGUGAAUUCACGCAGUCCCCGGGACAGAGGCUGUGAAUGGUCCCACCCCAAGAUGACAUCCCCGAAAAACAAAGCAAAGAAGAAACCACCCAAAGACAGCAUGACGCUGCUGCCAUGCUUUUAUUUUGUAGAGCUCCCCAUCGUCCUGUCCUCCCUGGUGUCCCUGUACUUCCUGGAGCUGACAGAUGUGUUGUCCCCGGCGAUGGUGGGCUUUCGUUGCCACGACCGUGACCUCUCCAUGCCAUAUGUGGAGACGGGCGAUGAGCUCAUCCCGCUUCUGAUGCUGCUGAGUUUGGCCUUCGCUGGUCCUGCAGCAUCUAUAAUGAUGGGGGAGGGCUUAACGUACUGUCUGCAGUCCAAACUGAAGACAUGUCCAAAGUCGGAGAGCAGCAUAAACGCUGGAGGCUGCAGCUUCAACUCCUUCCUACGCAGAACCGUGCGGUUUGUCGGUGUUCAUGUGUUCGGUCUCCUGGCAACAGCCCUGGUGACAGAUGUCAUCCAGUUAGCGACCGGUUACCACUCCCCUUUCUUCCUCACUGUCUGCCAGCCCAAUUACACGGCUCCGGGAGUGUCAUGUGACAAUAACGCCUACAUCACACGGGACAUAUGCCUGGGGAAGGAUCAGUAUGCCAUCAUGUCAGCUAGGAAAACAUUUCCAUCCCAGCAUGCAACGCUCUCUGGCUUCGCUGCUGUCUAUAUCUCCAUGUAUUUCAAUGCCAGCAUCAACAGCACCACCAAGCUGCUGAAGCCGUUGCUGGUGUUUGCUUUCUGCAUGGCGGCGGGUCUUGCAGGGCUGACGCAGAUAACUCAGCACCGCAGUCACCCCAUUGACGUCUACGUGGGAUACCUGAUAGGAGCCGGGGUCGGAGUCUACCUGGCUGUGUUUGCAGUGGGAAACUUUAAAGCAUCAGAGGAAGAUGCUCCCUCUCUCCAGAGACUGACCCCAGCUCAGCAGAAGGACGGCCUGAGGGUGCUGACCCAGCGGAGUCAUGACUCGCUGUACAGGAAGACCCCCAGGGUGUCCGAGAGCAGAGAGGAGCUGGGGGCGAGUCUGGGGUCUGGGGCUCGCAGUAAGGUGAGGAGGGAGAAGGCGUCGCUGGCUUCCCUCAAACGAGCCAGUGCUGAUGUGGAGCUCCUGGCAACCCGGGGUCCUAUGGGCAAGGAAACCAUGGUAACAUUCAGCAACACCUUGCCUCGCGUUGCAAACGGAAACAGCCCCAUCUCUCCAUCGGAUGAGCUGCCCACCACACAGCGUCACAUGACCUUCCAUGUGCCCUACGACUCCCAGAGGUCUCGGCAGCUGGUGACCGAGUGGAGGCAGCAUUCGGUGGAGCUCCGCAGCCAGAGCUCACGAGACGAGGAGGAAGGGAUGGACAGGAGGGACGGGGGAGAUGAGGGAGAAGGAGACCAGGAGAUGCCCUCCUCUCUUUAUCCGACAGUGCAGGCCAACAAGGGCAUCGCCACACCAACCGGAGCCAGGAUGGUGGUGUCACCCCCGCUUGUUCACAUCCCUGAAGAGGCCGCCCGGCCGCCGCCUGUCUCUCCAAAGAGUGCCAAGACCCGCGCCAAAUGGAUGUCACUCCAAGAGGGAGGAGGGGGGAAAGAGCCGGGGGUCGGGCCGAUCGCAGUGUCGACGCCCCGUGUGCCCAACACACAGCCCAACCAGCUACCCAGCCAGCCCAGAGUCACUCAGGUGAUAGCCAUGUCCAAGCAGCAGGGUCACGGAGUCACUUCCUCCACGAAAACAUCAGAAGGCGGCUCCUCUUCCGGCGCUGGAUCCAACUGUUCCGAGUCGCCCUACUACCGGAUCCCGUCUGAUCGCGACAGCUGCACAGGGAGCAACCCUGGGAGCAUCGCCGGCAGCGGGAGCAUCGUCACCAUCGACGCUCACGCCCCUCACCACCCGGUGGUGCGCGUGUCAGCUGCUAACGGCAAGCCGUGGGAGUGGAGAAACACCAUCAGCGGCAACAUGAUGUCCGCUGACACAGCAGCGGACAAACACCGCGUGGCACUGCAGCGGCAGGACAAUGUCAAUCAGUACCGGGAUUACCGGACUCUGCCGGUGAAAAAGGAAUCGCUCUGCUCUUCCUCCUCACCCAGCGCCGAGGGAGGACACGAGCUGCCUCCCCCACCCCUCCCCACUUCCACCUCCCCUCUUCCUCCCCCUCUUCACAUGCUGUCAUCCCCUCUUCCACCACCGCCUCCCCACUCCUCUUCUUCCCCUUUGCCUCCCCCUCCUCACCCAAGCUCCUCUCCGAUGCUUCCUCAUCUUCCUCACCCUUCCUCCUCUCACAUGCCUCCUCACCUGUCCUCUCAGCUGCCCCCACCACCCCUCCCGUCAUCCUCUCCUAUUCCCCCACCUCACCACUCCUCUCAAAUGCCCCUACCCCCUCACCCGUCUUCCUGUCAAAUGCCCCCGCCUCCCCACCCGUCCUCCUUUCAAAUGCCCCUACUUCCGCAUCCAUCUUCUUCCCCUUUGCCCCCUCCGCAUCAUCCAUCCUCUUCCCCUUUGCCACCUCCACCUCACUCCUCGUCCUCCAUGCUUCCACCUCCUCACCCGUCCUGUUCCAGCAUGCUUCCCCCUCCUCCCCAUCCAGACUUACUGAUGGACGGCCACAACCAGUCGCUGUCCCGCACCUCCACCCUCCCUCGCCGGCCCUCCGCCCGCAGCCACGCUGAGCAGGAGCACUACUACAAGGCCAUGCAGAACGAGAGGAUGUUAUAGUGAAGAUGGCCUCGUCAUAUUUAUGUACUUCAGAGGACUCCGCUGAAAGAGACAGUGAAACAAAGUAGGAUGUGGCAGGCGAAUAGUGACGUUUUGAAAAAUGGCAAAAGGGUUUAGAGACUCUGAAAAGAAACUACAGUGAAAACGCUGUAAAUGAAGAGGCAGCAGGGGUGCAGGACCAUAGGGAGGUCUAGCAGCUCACACACGCCCAGCAGGGGAUCUGGUUUUUCUCUCCUGCUCACACAUACUGCCCACAGCGCCGACUCAACGGCUCUGACUGGGAAAAGAACAGACGAGAGCAGAGGAGUCAAAGAGAGCCGGGUGAAGAAUUAAAAAUCCUCACUUCACCUACAUCCUCCGUUGUUCUUUAAGACACAUUCAAAGAAGGAGUGGAAGAAGCUGCAGCUGGGAGAGAGAUAUCACUAUAAAGGGUUUGGGAUUUGCUAAAUUGAGUUUCCCUUGAGAGGAGGGAUAAGACUCAGAAAACAAAACAACUACAGGCUAUACUAGCUCUCCUAAAAGCAGUGCAGCUGUUUGAGGCUGCCAGCCAAUACACACAGACCAUUUUCCGUUGAGAAAAACUUGAAGUAAGAGCUAUAAAAUAAGAAAAGGCGUGCCACGGUAAGUUCAACCACAGAUUCAAGAGUAUUAGCAACAAACCGCAAAAGCAUGAGUCUUUUUUUUCCCCCUCUGAUUACACAAACCAAAUGGGGAAAUUUGUGUUUGACACCAUGCAAAUCUGUCAGUAUCCACCACAGAGAUCCGGCUUAGGAAGCGUUACUUCUGGUCGGGGUGUGAGAUGUAGGAGGAGGGGGUGGGCAUAAGGAGGAUCACGCACAGUUGGGCACCCCUAUUCAGACAUCACUGACUGGAUUACUGUUGUAAACAUGAGAGGCGGUGGAAUGGACAGGGAAUUGUUCCCAAACCGAAGGAGGUGGCGAGCCAGGCAGCCAGUCUGUCUCUGCUGUGUGCGCAACCUGCCACGGAGCCUCGAGCCGCACUAAGGAGAUUAGCAGUUGUUUAUCAAACCACGCUAGCACACUCUUCCCUCCAUAGCCCUCCUCAAAACACAACGGUGACGGGACUGUUAAUGGGAAGUUAGGAGUGCAGACCGCCAUCACCACCGACCCGCACGGGUGCCGUUUGGAUGCAAAGUAGUGUCUCUGUUUUUGGCACUAUACUUUCUAAACAUGCAGACUUUACAAGGGGUCUAAAAGAUGUUGAUUUAUUAAUGAUGAUUUAUUUAUGCUUUAAAGAUUGGAAAUUUGACAUUUUUUCAAUUUUAAGAGCUACUUCUGGGUUGAAAAACAUCUUUCAAUGGGGUGCAUCUAUUUUUUAUGUAGCUUUUCUUGUUUUUAUAAAAGCUCUGCAGGAAGAUUAAAUAAUGUUUACAGUAUUUACAGCUCCAGACUCCAUCUAAUAUUUAUAUCCACUUAUCCUUUGCCGGGUCACUAGAGAUGUUUACCCUUUUUUAAGUAUGCCGUAUUAGAAAGUGUUUCCAUGUUUUAUUGGGUUUCAUUUAAGAUAGAAUAUAUUCCCUUUUUUAAUUGAAAUGACACCCAAAACCUUCAAAACACACUCAAAGUAAGGUCCUCUUUCGCUGCAGCUUUUGAUUUGCAUCACACAAUCCUCAUCAUUUCCCUCGGUUGCCAAGGAGUGUGGAUGAUCAGACAUACUUCCGAAUGAUAAAAUGGGCUGAUGAGGUCUAUGUAAUGCAGUCAAAAGGUCCAGAACAAGAAAGUAGGUUCAAAUCAACUGUGUUUACAAAUAAACGAUUAAUCAUUAACCAUAGAAUAAUGAAAUGAUUAACCAGUAAUACAAGUAAUCUGUAGUUGCAGCCCCAAGAAACUUCAAAUCUGCAAGUGGAGAGGAAGUGUGUGCCCUUUCUGCUCGCCCCUGCCUCUUAUGUGUAUUUAUACUAUGGUGUAUAAAGUCAUUAUUGGGUACCUAUCAUUUUAUACAUUGCUGUUUUUUCUAAAUACAAAAAGAUAUUCCUUUCAAUGAAGUGCUUUAUUUUAGAUUGUACCUUACAGACUCACACACAUGGAAGACUUUUACCACAACAUCUGAAGGGUACAUGAACUGAUUUUGUAGAGUUGUGUUGGAUGGGGAAAGUUAAAUGGAAGUUGUACUCUGUAGCGGAGCUCCUCCGAGGGGGAGCUGGUAGAAAAUGUUGCUCGUUGGUUUGUGCUGCAUGUGUGUGUACGAGCGUGUUUUUUAAAACUAUGCUUCAAGUCUGUGCUGUCGCCUUUGACGGACAGACGGCUGCAUUUACAGUGCUGGUGAUUAUCGUGCUCCUUUCCCCAUUUUGACUGUAAAAAUACUUGAUAUUACCUAAUAAUAUUAAUACUAUUCAUUAUUCUGCAGUCCUUUUUUAUGGGCUAAUGUUUUCUAUCUGUGGUGAUGUGUAACAUU